UGUGACGUCACUGCAACCCUCUAUAAUGAAUGUUUCAGAAUCGCUGGUACUGUACUUACUGCUGGUAAUACACUAUCAGUGAAAGUGUUCGGUGAUAAUAGACACGGGCAGUCUUUAAUGCAAUGAAAAGAAAAAGAAAAGAAAUGAAAAACAAGGAAAAAUGUUCGAUAAAAACACCAGGAAAAGAACUCUGAAAUUAGUUGCAGGAAAAGUGGUCGUUGGCGGGUAGGAGCGUUUUAUGCCACGUUAGGCGGCGGUUUCAGGCAAGACAGAUCCCUUUACUGUACUCUAAUCAAUUCAGUCACUAAGUUGUUCAGAAAAGCAAAUUCUUUUGUUAGUUUUCGUGACAUUUAGUGUUUCUGGUUCAUGAAUGACUAUUAUGGUGCUAGGGCGAAAGAGACGAAGUUAUCUAGGAAUUACUGUGUUGCUCAUAUUAUCUAUGAAGAUUCUUAUGUACAGACCACAAGGCACACAGCGACACACUCCCCGCACUUCUGAAUAUAUCCUCUUUUGGACAGUCGCUUUCCCCCUUGAGAGUGGGCGGUAUCAAGGGAAGUAUUUACCUUUCCUGGUGUUCCCGGUUGAAAAAGAAAGACUGAUAGAUGUUCGGAUGCUGGAGGAAACUUUUUCACUGACAACAAAAAGGCAUCACGUGACACCCCAACCAUAUGCUGCUGAGACCUUUAAGACUGUCCCUCUACAAUACAUCCACAGAGCGUUACCGCCAUUACCUUUCAAAACUUUUAAUCCCGAGGACGAAUGGACUCCGCGGGAAGCCCACAUAAAUAGCGUAGGACAAUACUUCAGCAACUUGCACACACCCCAAGCUUCAUGUAAGAAGUUGGUGAGAAUGGGUGGUACUCGAUUGCAAGAUGAAGCCAUGGAUGGCCACAAGUACUUGUGCUUCGAUCAGCCUCUGGAACUAGUUACAUCCAAGGAUCCCCAACGAUGCCUUACUCUCUCUUUUGGUGUCCAAUAUGAUACGACUUUCGAUGAUGCUGUCGCGGAUCUGCCCUGUGAGCUGCACAUGUUUGAUGUGCUGAAUUUCAAUCCUCCAUUGGUCAAAGAGAGAAAAAACAUGUAUUUUCAUAACGUGGGGCUGGCAGGAUCAGUUCGAACAAAUUUCUUCAGUAACAUCAACCUGAGGGUGAAGAUGGGGACUCUCAGGAGCCACGUGGAGGAGCUUGGCCUUCAGGGGCGUUUAAUACACGUACUCAAGGUAGACAUCGAGAACGCUGAGUGGGACUCCUUCAAGAACAUAGCCAGUGACCCACUGUUUGACGCCGUUGGACAGGUAGCAAUGGAGGUGCAUCAGACAGAGCUGGUGACCGGGGCGAUGAAGUAUUCUCCUCCAGCAGUACCCCGAGACAGGUGGCUCGACGCCCUGCAGAGUCGCUAUGAUGUUCUCAGGAUGAUAGAGGCGCGAGGGUUCCGGCGUGUAUUGUACUGGGACAAUGUGCAAGACGACUUCCCCCUCGUGGACGACCAUGGUGUACGCUACGAGACUUCCGGUGAGCUGCUCUACAUCAACACCAACUGGUUCAACUCAACUUUCAAGGGAGAGCUGCGAAGACGGGGAUUCGGCCGUUGAGAAAGUGCACCGUUACAGAGGUCCUGCACCAGUGUUCUGCAAGGGUCACACUUUUGUGCAGAUGCAAUGGACAGCUAAAGGAAGGCAAAACAAAAGAUCCUGAUGAUCUUGAUAUAUCCAAUACACAGGAAAUUGUCAGCUAUAUGAUCGAAAACGUAUUUGUUCAUUGUAUCUUUGUUCUUACAGAAGAGAACAUCAUUAAUUUUCAGUGUAUUUUUCCCCCGCCUUUUAUGGGAGGGAUGGAUUAAGCUUCGUUAUCCCACUUCGAAUACUCGUAUCAUACUCAUGUGAUCUACAAAUCUAAUAGAAAAAAUAAAAGCUUCGACUCGUGUGUGUGUGUGUGUGUGUGUGUGUGUGUGUGUGUGUGUGUGUGUGU